AUGGAUGCAACAAUUGAGAGAGAAUGCAGUGCUUUGGGUGGCCUCUUUCAACAGAUUAUAAUUGACAUGAAGGUAAGAUAACGUUGAUAUGGUGUAUCAAUGUUUCGAUAUUUAUUCUGUUUAUACACGACCGCGUUUUUUCCUGUUCAUUGUUUUUUGUACGCUUUCUUAUCUUUGCACAAGUAACGAUGCAGGCCAAGGCGCGCUGUCGAUGCAAUUGUCUUUAAUACAUCUAUUUCGUAAAUAUUGUGAAAUUAUUCUAAUCGAAAAGAUAACAUAUUCAAUUAGUUCUUUUUGCGGUACCUUUUGAAAGUAUUGUUCGUACUGAUCCUAAAAACUAUUCUCCGAAACAAUUGUGAUACUUCAAUACGGUAAAACGAGGACGAUAGGUAAUUUACACUUGUUCCAGUUCUGCAACACUCCAAAAUAUUUCUUUUAUUUUUACGAGAUAGUAAAUGUGUAUAUUUUGUUACUCUAAGUAAAACUAAUAAUUUUUUUUAUUACAUAAUUACAUAAUAUUAUAAUAUUGUAAUAAAAUACAUUUUUAACAUAAUUCUAUUUAAUAAAUGUCAUUAUUAUUAUAUAUGUACUGUAAAAUAUGUACUGUAAAAUAUUAUUUAAUCUUGUGAAACAGCCAUAAAAAUGCAUGUAGUAUAGUAUAGUUAUGUAACAAUUUACUUUUUUCUCAAGGUAGUUUCCUAGUUCAUAAAAUUAUUUAAUUACAAAAAAUAGGUAGGUGUAUGCGAUUGCAUUACUGUAUUAAAUGUUUCCUGGUGUAUUUUAAGGUACUAUACUGUUUGUACAAAGUAUAAAAAUUAUAUAUUCAUUAUUUUUACAAAUAAAAAAAGAUUAUAAAAUUUGUUUCUAGAAUGGAGCACCGUUAUGGGAAGAUUUAAUUUCAAAAGCAACCAAAUUACAUUCUUGUCUAAGGUAAUGAUCAUAUUUUAUUUGUAAAUUUAUUUUUCUAUGGUAAAUAGUAUCGCUAAUUGUUAUAAAACAUAGAAAAAAGAUAAAAAUAAAAUUUACUAAAUAAACGUAAAAUUUAUUAUAAAAUUCAUUUUAGAAUAAUGUAACAUGUAAUAUGUAUUGCACUUUUAUUUUCACUUUUUUAGGGCUGCCAUUUUAGCUAUUUCAGCAUACCUUGAUACUUUUCAAAAAAUUGCUGAUGCUGCAACUAAUGCAAGAGGUAAAUUGUUUUUAUAUUUAUUACAAAUAAUUAUGUAUCAAUUAUAUAUCAAUUUAUUUGUAUCAUUUUUUUUUCUUAAUUUUUUUUAUGAACCGUUUUAAAACAUUUAGUCUAAUAAAAUAUUGUAAUUAAGGUGCAACAAAAGAAAUUGGAACUGCUUUAACUCGGAUAUGUCUUAGACAUAAAGCAGUAGAAACACGUAUGAAAUCAUUCACUAGGUAAUUUAUCAUUAAACACUAACUUUUCAUAUUUAUUCAUUAAAUAUAAGUAUCAUUUAUUUAAAUAUUUUUUUAUUAGUGCUAUUAUGGAUUGCUUGGUAUUACCUCUUCAAGAAAAAUUAGAAGAUUGGAAAAAAUCUCUAAUAAAUUUAGAUAAAGAACAUGCUAAAGGUUAGUAUAUUUAAUAAUAGAAUUUUUAAAAAUGUUGAAAUAUAUCUGAAAUUUUGGUAAUUUUAGAAUAUAAGAAAGCAAAAGCAGAACUAAGAAAGCGAUCUACUGAUACAUUACGUUUGCAAAAGAAAAAAGCACGAAAAGGACAUUUACAAGGACAAUCACAAGGACACGGGACAUCAUCAGGUGAUAUUGAAUUGAAUCGAAUGCUUGAGUCUUCAGCUGCUGUUGUUCAAGAAAAACGAUUAAGUUUAGAAGAAACGGAAAGAAAAGCCGUUCGUGCGGCUUUACUUGAAGAAAGGGGCAGAUAUUGCCUUCUUGCCAGAUUUUUAAAACCAGUACUUGAUGAAGAAAUUGCAAUGUUAAUGGAACUGACUCAUUUGCAAGAAGUUUCUGAUCAACUACAACGACAUGCAGCCUCUCCACAUCACUUGCCUCCUGCAUCAGAACAAGUGAUAACAGACAUAAAAGGUUGCGAUGUAACACAAUGGUCGCUUGCUACACCGCCCUCAAGUCCUUCUCUGUCACUUGGAUCAAGAAAAAGUUCAAUGUGUUCAAUCAGUUCACUGACCAGUAGUAGCAGUGGUUCUUGUAAAAGUCAUCCAAGUCCGUCUGGGCAUCCAUGGCAUAGAUCACUUUCCCAGCCUGUCGGUGUCAGGCCCUCCAGCAUCAACGGUAUGAUGACACUACGCCAUUUGAUAAACGGUAGUUCCCGUGACUCUGGCUUCACUUCUCAGGACACAUUAUAUACACAACCAAUUUCUGAACAUCAGGUAUCAAAUGUGUCUUCUCAUACUAAUCAAAAUACUGGUUGUACUACAACAAGAUCUGUAACUACUGCUACUUGGCCUGACUUGCAGGAAACAUCAGUUCAAUAUGAUAGACAAAAUCAGAACACAAUCAACGAACGGCCGCACACAAUUUCUUCUGCUUACGAAAAGGGCCAUCAGAGACCAGCACUCAGUGUUUACACAUUCCAAGCUCCAGAUAAUAGUGGUUGUUGUCAUAGUCAACCUGCUUCUCCAGUUUCUUCUUCCUCUUCAUGUUCUUCCUCUAAUCAACAAACAUCCAGAGUACAAUUGCGUAGAAAUAAUGGUAGUCACCGCCCUCCUAUACCAAACAGAUGUUCCAGUCUAGAGAGACCAACAGUUCCAGUAAAAAAUGAGCCUCCUGGAAGUCCUCGAGGGAAACCUAAGUUACCACUUCCAGCACACUUAGUAAAAGAAUUAGCAACUCAUCAACUUCAACAACCAAUGUAUGUGAACAUGCACGAAUUAGCAAAUUUAGCUGCAAGUCGUGCUCAGGAGAUGCAGUUACCUUUACCACCACCUCCUGCUUCAUUAUCAGCGCCAGGAACUGAAAAGACUGAAAUUACGGAAAAAGAUGGUGGAAGUCAAACAUCAGAAUCUAGUGUCGAGUCUAGUAGUGGAUAUGGAAGUCAAACUACUAUACCACAUUCUCAUUCACUCCACAAUCCAAGUGAGAAUGUUUGGAAUGUACCUGGUGCUACAUCUACUUUAACAGUCCGUAGAGGAUCGAUGCAACAAGUGAACAAACCUCCACCACCAACAAGACGAACGUCUACUAUUAUAACUGCUACAUUUAAUAAUCCUUCAUCAGGUUCUAAUGAUGAACGUACUGAUAAUGCAUGUGACGAAACUGAAAAUCUUCCUCCACCACCAGCAUUUUUGUUAGAAGGUUCUUCACCUACAGCCAGUCCGACUCCUCAGCGAUCUAUUUCAGUGUCUGAAACAGUAAGGACUCUUACAGAAUUACGUCAUACACCUGCUAGUCCAUCUCUUUUACGAAAGGCUACAGGACAAGCACAAUCGCAUAACAAUUCUGCUACAUUACCACAUAAUGCCGUAUUGCAAGUAACUCGAUCUUCUGUUGAACGUUCAUGUGCAGCGAUUCGUUCAGCUUCUCAAGAACGUAGUUCAAAUACAACACAAAUAACUACUGUCAAUACAGGUGUAAAUAUUCAAGGGCAAGGUCCAGGGGGAGUUGGUCAAAGUUUUAUGGCGGUUCUCAGUGCUAAACUCAUUAACAGUACAGGUAAUAAUACUACGAGUGGCAGUAAUACAAAUAGCAGCCCUAAAUCUGCCAGAAAGCAUUCCAUUGAACAGCAGAUAAAUAAAAAUUCUAAAACACCCUCUGGUUUUCUUGAAACUUUGAAUGCUAAAUUAGCACAACAACAGCAAAACUUACAAGGAAAUAAUACAACGAGUAGAUCAGCAAGUGUAAGACGCAUAAUGGGUAAUCGUGUACCUAUUAUGGAUCCUUUACAAGUCAGAGAUUCUCUCAUGGAUCAAAUACGAAAAGGUACCUCUUUGAGAAAGACUAGUGGUCCCAUCAACGAUCGUUCAGCACCUAAAAUUUAUUGA